AUGGGCCGCCGCCGCCUCUCGGCGUCCUCGUUGCCGGAUGCGGCUGGCGCCAUUCCGGAUCCAUUCCCUCCCGACCUGCCGUGGCCUUUCGGCCGCCUCGACGCCCUCAGCCAGGACGAGCUCCGGGAGUCCGCCUACGAGAUCUUCUUCUCCGCCUGCCGCUCAUCCUCAACUACUCCCGCUGGCACGCGCCCAUCUGCCGCCGCCGGAGGUCGGGCGGCAGGUGCCGCCGGUGGAGCAAAGAACAUGGCGGUGACGAGCCGCCUGAAGCGGGCGCUUGGCUUGCGCGCGAGGAAGGCGAGGCCCAUGGCGGGAGCGGGCGGCCGACCCAUGCCUUCAGCGGAGAUCAUGCGGCGCCAGAUGGGGGUCUCCGAGCAGACCGACGGCCGCCUCCGGAAGACCCUCUUGCGCUGCCUCGUCGGCCCCCAGAUGUCCAAGAAGGUGGAAUCUCUUCUACUUCCCUUGGAGCUCCUCCGCCACCUCAAACUCUCCGACUUCUCCGACGCCGGCGAGCACCGCGCGUGGCAGCUCCGCCAGCUCAAGGUCCUCGAGGCGGGGCUCGUCUCGCACCCCUCCGUGCCGCUCGACCGCGGCAACCCAGCGGCGUCCUCGCUCCGGGAGCUGCAGACGAGGCCCCUGCCCCUCGACGUGCGCGCCCUGUCGGCCGUCGCGAUGCCGCUGUCCUGGCGGUCAGUGGAUUCCUGCCGCUGGGCCGACGGCUACCCCCUCAACGUGCACCUCUACCUGUGCCUCCUCCGCGCCGUCUUCGACGCCCGGGACGAGACGGCGGUGCUGGACGAGGUUGACGAGCUGCUGGAGCUGAUCAGGAAGACGUGGAACGUGCUGGGGCUCAACAGGAUGGUCCACGACAUCUGCUUCACCUGGCUGCUCUUGGACAAGUACGUGGCCACCGGGCAGGUGGAGCCGGAUCUGCUGCGCGCGGUCCUGACGAUGCUCGAGCAAGUCAGCCACGACGCCGAGAAGCAGCAGGACGGCCUGCUGAUGGAGCCAUGGCACCUCAGGAUCUUUGCGGCGACGCUGGCGUCCAUGCAUUCGUGGGCGCAAGGCAAGCUGCUGGAUUACCACGAGGCGUUUGGUGUUGGUGACCAAGCAGCAGCAGCUGCCGCCGCAGGUUCCGAUAUGGAGAAGGUCGUGUCGCUCGCUGUCUUAGUGGCGAAGAUGCGAGGGGCGCUCGUCGUGGACGGCGAUCCGCUGCUUUCAGCUGGAGCUGGAGCUGGAGCUGGAGCAUCAUCAUUGUCUUCAGCUGCUGGUGAGCAGGUGGUGGAGCGGUAUAUCAAGUCGUCGGUGAGGCGUGCUUUCACCAGGCUGCACGAGACCGGCACCGCCGGGCAGAUGGACAGCAUGAUCGUGGAGGUGGAGGAGGACCCUUGCGAGACCCUGAUGUAUGUGGCGGCGCAGACCAAGGAGCUGGCGAGGUUGGAGAAAGAGGUGUACAGCCGCGUACUCCGGCAGUGGCACCCGUGCCCGGCGGCCGUGGCCGCCGCCACCCUCCAUGGCUGCUUCGGCGCUCUCAUGGAGCGGCACGUCUCCAGGAUUAUGGCCUGCGGCCUGAGCAGCGAGGCUGUGCGCGUCCUGCAGGCGGUCUCUAAGCUGGACAAGUCCCUUGUACAGAUGGCCGCCGAGGACGCCCGGCAGACGACGGAGAUAGCCGCCGCCAUGGCCCCCUACGACGUGGACGCCACCAUCUCGGGCCUGGUCAAGGGCUGGAUGGACGAGCGGCUGACCAUGGGGGCGGAGUGCGUGAGGAGGGCCCGAGACUCGGAGAGCUGGAACCCCAGGUCCAAGGCCGAGCCGUACGCGCAAUCCGCGGUGGACCUGAUGAAGCUGGCCAAGGUCACAGUGGAUGAGCUGCUGGAGAUGCUGCACACUAAUAUGGGGUGCAGAGAGGAGCUGCUGCAGCGCCUGGUCGACGGCAUCGAUCACCUGGUCCACCAGUACGCGCUGCUGCUCGUGGCCUCGUGCGGGUCGUCCAAGGAGAGCUACAUCCCUCCGCUGCCGCCGUUGACGCGGUGCAACCAGGACUCGAAGCUCUUGCAGUUCUGGAGGAGGGCGGCUCCGCCGUGCCAGGUCGGCGCCGACCCCGACAGCUGCGGCGGAGUCGUCGACAUCGCCAAGCCCAGGUCAAGGGGGGACCAGCAGCAGCAGCAGCAGCAGCAGCAGGCGGUGCGCCCCGCCACCAGCCGCGGCACGCAGCGCCUCUACGUCCGUCUCAACACCCUCCACUACCUGCUCGCCGUCCUCCAGUCCAUCGACAGGGCCCUCUCCUCGCAAUCGCACUCGCAGUCGCAGCGGCAUCGCCGCGCCCGGAGCUCCGCCUUCGACCACGCCCGCCCCGCCCUCAACGCAGCCUGCCACCACGUGUCCGAGCUCUCUGCCUGCCGCCUCGUCUUCCUCGACUCUGCCCACGUCCUCCACCGGGCGCUCUACCAGGGGGGAGUCUCCGACGCCCGCAUGCGGCCCGCGCUGCGCGUCCUCAAGCAGAGCCUCGCGUUCCUCGCCGGCGUCCUCAGCGAGCGGGCGCAGCCGCUGGCGGUGCGCGAGGUGAUGAAGGCCUCCGUGGAGGCCUUCCUAACGGUGGUCCUCGCCGGCGGCAGCGGCCGGGCCUUCAGCCGCGCGGAUUAUGGGGCUGUGGCGGACGACUUUGCGAGCUUGAAGCGCCUGUUCCGCAGCUUCGGGGUGCCGGAGGAGGCGGUCGAGAGGGAGGCGGCACAGGCGGAAGGGGUGCUGGCGCUCAUGGCUCUGUCCACGGAGAAGCUCAUCGACGAGUUCCUCGUCAGCCACUACGCCUCGACUCCGACAGCGCCUGCAGAUGAUGAGCUGCCGAUGGCGGUGCCACCCACGACGAGGCGUUGGAGCCGCUCCGACGCCAACACCCUUCUCCGCGUGCUGUGCUACCGGGACGACGAGGCAGCGAGCAGAUUCUUGAAGAAAGUCUUCGAUCUGCCCAAGAGAAGGUAGCCGUGCAUGCCUAAUUCAUAUAUAGGAUCCAAUCCAGUCGGAGGUGUAUGACUCAGGCGAUCGAGUACAUAGGUGAGGUAAGCCACGGCCCACGGGUGGGAGAGGAAAGCACCGUCUAUGCAUCGAUCGCAGACGGCCCCUGUAUAUAUUAUAUAUCACGGAAUACAUCAGCAUUCGUGCAUUUA